UGAAGGGGGAAAGAGGCGUGAACGAGAGAGAGAGACAGACAGUGGAGAGAGCGACUCAGAGGUGCAGGGGAAGUUUUUGGUGCUGAAGGAAAAACAGAGCUAUUAGGAAGCAGAAAAUGAGACCGGCUGCCACCUCGCUCGCUCUUCUGUAUCUAUGUUCUCUGGGUGUGUGUGCUCCUACAGCGAUGGCUGACGCUGCACCAACACAGGAAUCUCUGCCUGAGCCAAAGAAAGGAAGAGGGGACGUUCCUGACAUCCUUCCAGAGCCUGAACCAGAGCCAACCAGCCCCAUGUCAGACUUUGAAAGCUCAUACAACUACGUGUUAUCCAGACUAGCUGGUAUGGACCAGGCCAUUCACAAGCUGAAUGUUGGUCACUACACUCUGGAUGUUAAAGUCAGCCAGCUGAUGGACCGUCUGUCGAAGAUGGACGCUAAAGUCGGGGAGCUGGAGGACAGCAUCCAAGAAGUCUACCAGCACAGCAAGGACAACCGCAAGGAGAUUGGAAGACUGGAAGGUUGUCAGAAGGGACGCAGGAUGGGAUACAAAUGCUAUCUGGUGUACAAUAGCUUUGAGGACUACGCUGGAGCUUCCAGAAAGUGCUUGGAACGUGGUGGCCGCAUGGCGAUGCCCCGCGACCGCAGGGAGCAGGAGGCCCUGGCUGACUACGUCAAAGCCUUCUUCCACCCAGGGAACUGGCCCGUUUGGCUGGGCAUCAACGACCUGCGAUCUGAGGGCAUGUACCUGUUUGAUGAUGGGACGCGGGUUUCAUACUUCCAGUGGCGCAAGCACUUCCUGUCCAGCCAGCCAGAUGGAGGGAAACGGGAGAACUGUGUGGCGAUGUCGUCAGACGAUGGCGACUGGUGGGACCACUACUGCGAUCGGACCAUGAACUAUCUGUGCGAGUUUGAUGACAGGGUGGCACUUUAAAAUGAACAUAAGAUAGCUUUACUCCCCUGCCACCUUAUUACGUCCUUAAACCUUGACUUCCAGUUACUGAUAAUUAGAAAUAAAAAGCCCUAUCGAAUUUAUAAUUUAGUCCUUUAAAAAACCCUGAAAACUAUCAAUUCUUAUACUUUUAAAGUUGAGAAAGUCUUCACACCUAGUGAUUUUAAUGUAAAUAUGUUAGAGUAUUAUUUCUUUUCAAUAUGUAAUUGCUGUAGCAGUGUUAGUUGUAGUGUCACUCUUUCAUGGCAUUUUAGACUUUUUUAAGUGAAACAUGCCCACAAGCGCACAAAUUUGUGUAUUUCUAUUUAAGUUCUGAAUAAGCCUUUACCAGAUUAUGGCAUUAUAAGUAUUAUAUGGCUCAUGCAGCUGCAGUGACAUGAAUGUAAGCUAGUCAGGUCUCUGCUGUGAUUAAUGCAGGAAAUUCUAAAUAUCUGUUAAGUUUCCACAACAGGGAAAACAAGAAGCGGGAAGCAGGUUUUUCAGAAUCGGCACAUAUAGUAAACCACAGGAAUGAGGCAGCGCUCCUCUGCUACAUCGGAUCUUUGGUGAUGUAACAAAGCAGAGGGCAUGUCUGCACCAUUAAACCGCCGAGUCUCCACCAUCGUUUCACCUCUGAAUCCUCUUUCACAUUCCAAAGAUGACACAUGUAAAUGUUGCCUGCAGUGUGCAAAACAAGAAUGUUGUACAUAAAGAGCUGAAUGUAAAUGUUUUUCAUAAAUCUUUACUAAAGGUUGA